AUGGGAAAGGUGUCGGGAAGAGGCGCCCCCAGGACGCCCGUGCGCUUCUCCCUCCAGGCAGGCCGCCUUGGGAUAGCUUUCCGGGCAGCUGGGGCGCUCAGCAGGGGAGGAGACCUAUGCUCCGUCCCCGCAGGCGGCCCUGAGAAGCCGGCCCAUCUGCAGCUCAGCAGCUGCCCACUCCCAGCCGUGUUUGGCAGGAGCUCUAUCCCUCACCUCCGCCCCACGAAGCCCACCGCGGCGGAGCCAGAUCCCCUCGCAGCCGCCGCUAAGACCCGGAGAAGUGGAAUUUCACUUUGUAACUCGGGUGCCGCGCGAGGGCCAGCGCCGGGCAUGCUCAGUCGCCGCGGCGCGUCGGGGCUGGGCGGGCGCUGCGCUGGCCCCGGCGCGGCCGGGCUCCCGGGCUGGCGCGGAGUCCACGCCGCCUCCGCCGCGGCCGCAGGGCGUCCGGAGGCCACGGGUUGCGGCCCGAGAGCACCUCGGCCCCACGCUGCUCCGCCCCUCGCCAGCCGCCUCCCACUCGGCUUCCCCUCCGCCUCUCCGGGGGAGGCGAAGCUGGUUCACGUUUCUGUCGGAGCCACACACCGCCCUGCAAAGCCCAGCCGAGGACCUGGGAAUGAAUCCCGGAGACCAGAGGACCUUUGGCAGUGGCUCUUUCUAAUUGCACUUCGCCUGAAGUGGGGUCGUGGCGGAGUUCCUCCUCCACCUCUCAAUGCAAACACUAUGCGGAGAGCAGUAGGCUUCCCUGCGCUCUGCCUGCUUCUCAAUCUUCAUGCUGCAGGGUGCUUUUCGAGAAAUAAUGAUCACAUUUUGGCAAUUCAGCAGAAGAAUGGGAAGCCAGCAUUCAUUUAUCACCAUUCACAAGACAUUGAGAAGAGCCUGGAUAUAGCUCCACAAAAGACGUACAAACAUAGCUUUCACUCCCCUUCUGAGGCUCACAUAAGCAAACACCACCAAAUUGUUGACUCAGCAUUUCCUAGGCCUGCAUAUGACCCGUCUCUCAAUCUGUUGGCCAUGGCCGGUCAAGAUCUUGAAGUGGAAAACCUUCCAAUCCCAGCAGCAAAUGUAAUUGUGGUGGUAAGUAUUGCACUUAACUAA